GCUGAAAUCAAAGAAAAUCAAUGUUUCGAGUAAACCACUUAAACCGCACUCAAUUUUCCUCAACUAAUGUCUCCGUGUUCCUUAAGAACGUUCACGCGAGACUAUCGAUGCGAGGCGAUAGUGUUGCAGCAGAUUGUGGCCUCGGGGUGCGGUUGUGGUCGCAGCACGCACAGGCCCUCGUGGAAUGAUGCCGGACCGACAUGACUGGAGUGCGCGCGCGUACUCAAAAGGGGCCUCUUGGCGAGGCGUCGGGCCCUGACACGCCACACAUAUUAGAAACGAAUAUAAAUAUAUCGGGAGGCUCAGCAGGCAUCGCGGUGCAAUAGUGGGGAUAGACGAACUCGUAUUGGUGGCGUGGAAGUUACACACAGUGCAGCGGCGUAACAACCUGAGUUCGAGAACGGGCCUUCGUUCUCCCUCCCUUGAGGCGGCUUUCUAGCAGCCGGCAGCCGCCCUUGCCCCGCACCUCUCCUGCUCGUAGCGGUCCCAUAGCAUGCUCAGUGUCCGCCCGGCCUCAGCACGCCCGAGUAGGAAGGAUGAGAACGCUGCUUCUAGAAGCUUUUUAAUGCGAUUCUAUACUAUUGCCAAUUAACCGCGUGGGCCUUUAAUUAUCUAUUUUUUUCAUACAUUCGCAAGUUUUGUGUGUAUUUCAGCCUGAAGAUCAAUUAAAAUUAAGUGUAUACAACGAGAAGAUUCUUGAUGAUUGUGUUUGACAGUUAAUCGUUGAUAUUCCAAUUUUGUGAUACCGUUUUGUAACAGGAUUAAAAUCAUUGUUUUUGAAAAAUUGUUAGCAAUUUUGGACCAUAUGGAUCAGUGAUUGACUGGGCUAAAGAUAUUUGAGAUUUCGAUUUAUCAGGCUGGUCUCGGAAUAGAUUGACACGUCGCGUGUCAAAGCUUGGACGUGAAACAAAUACGAUCCACUAGAGAGGAUGACCGUAGUGAGAGCGGUGAUCGGAAAUUAAUGCUUAAGAGAGAUAACUGUGUGAAUCCCAGGCGGCGAAGGAAGGAAAACCGAUAGAUCGAUUCGAGAAUCAGCGUGAAACGUUAUCGUUCGCUCAAUUCCCUUUGUACAUUCGGCCACACUGCCGCGUAUUAAAACGUUAAUCUCCGGCUGUACUACCGGUUAUACGUACUCUUACAGAUUGCCUCUCCCUCACCCUUCUUCGUCUCUCUUUCGAUUCUGUACAUUCUAUCCUCUCUCUCUUCGCUUCAUUCCUCUCUGUUGCUCCUUCCUCGCUUCGUCUUUGUCUCUUCCCUUGCUCUCCACUAGCUACUACCUUUCUUUUCUCCUUCCUUCCUCGCAGUACUCGCUUUCUCUAUCUCUCUGACUUGUCCUUGUCUUGGAGAGUCCUCUUGGUGUUCUCUAAGAGCGCGUGCCAACCAGAGAAACCGAAAAGAAACAUGAUAUCCCGUCAUAUGAACGUCAAUGUUAUCUUUUUGUCUUUGUCUUCCGUAAAACUGUAAAAUUAUAUGGAAUAACACAUAGAGAAAUAAGGAUAUCUUUUGACCUCGAUGGAGUAUUGGGUUGAUGACGACAUGCACGGAAUCAUCGAAUUUCAUCUUUUGGCUUUAACAGUUUUUGGAUUCCGAACACGAUCCUGUCAACUCUUGAGACAGAACAUGAAUGAAAGAAGAUUUAUUUUUUAUUGACGAAAAGAUCAAUUGCAUACUAAUUGCGAUAUCAUUAAUACAGGAAUACAAAAUGUUUGAUAUUAAAAGAUGACCUUAUUGAACUAAAGAUAUUAAAAAAAAAAAUUAAAUCGAUUAAUUAAUUACAAUCAAAUUAUGCAAUGAAUCAUAAAUAAUGCCCUUUACAAAUAUUAUAUCAUUCAGAUGACAAUUAUAUAGAUCAACUUCUACCUCGUAAAUAGAAAGUAAUGUCGAGUUUAGCGAGAAGACGGAAGACCUCGGUUCUGGGAUCGAAAAGAUGGUGGCAGGGUGGCUGCUGGGCGACCAGGAGCCACCAGGAAGCUUAUCUUCGUAAACUUUACGCCAGGAAGAACGAUCAAGUCAAUAAAAUAGACGAUGAAUCCGCUAUUCAAAGGGAUCUAUCUACCAAUUGGACGUCUAGUGCUGUGUAUGAGUUGCCCUCUACCGACGAACAUUAUCUGGAUGCCUUUUUGAGAAAUCGUGAAGAUGGAAACGAGGAAGAUGAUGUGGUUGGAGUUGUCGUCGGCUGUCCAGCUUUGGCCGCGGCUAGAACUAGUCCCACGGAGAAGUGUGUGGAAUAUCUGAACAAUACUCAUGACGUCGCAGCGUUUGAAAACGAACGCAGAAUUACGGGAGAGCCAGUGGUAGCCGAUUGCGGUUCUGUGCAUUCGGGUUACGAUGUCGCUGCUUCUGCAGAAAAGGUGUGCAGAAGCUGCAGGUGUCCCAGGGAGGAACAUCAGCGGACUUCGACGGAGGCGGGUGGUCCCUCGGGACUCGGCCUCGGUCCUGGUCCGCCGAUGGCCAUGGCCAUGGCUUUCCAGAGUGGGGCCGCCGGUUCUUCUCAUCAGGAACCCUUCAAGAGUCCCGUGCAACCGGCUCCGCCGGGCCUCGCCCUUCAGGAGGCCCUGAUGCAUCAUCAGAGGCAUUCUCAAAGCGACGAUGACAGCGGAUGCGCGCUCGAAGAAUACACGUGGGUCCCGCCAGGUCUCAGGCCAGAUCAAGUACACCUGUACUUCAGUGCACUACCGGAAGACAAGAUCCCGUACGCGGGCAGCGCCGGCGAGCGGGAACGGGUGAAGCAGCUGCUGCAACAACUCCCACCGCACGACAACGAGGCACGGUACUGUAGCGGGCUAACCGAGGAGGAGAAGCGGGAGCUAAGGGUGUUCGCCGCGCAGCGGAAACGCGAAGCGCUUGGACGAGGACACGCGAGCCAGCUGGACAGGCCCCACGGCGCCGGAUGCCGCGAAUGUAGCAGGCCGAUCGCCGCCGGCGAGAUGGCAGUGGCCGCGAGCCGCGCCGGACCAUCCGCCCUCUGGCAUCCGGCCUGCUUCGUCUGUUGCGUAUGCAGGCAGCUGCUCGUCGACCUGAUAUACUUCUGGAGGGAUGGCAGGCUAUACUGCGGCAGGCACCACGCGGAAACGUUGAAGCCGAGAUGCUGUGCUUGUGACGAGAUCAUACUUGCCGACGAAUGCACAGAGGCGGAAGGGAGGGCGUGGCAUAUGAGGCACUUUGCGUGCCUCGAGUGCGAUCGGCAGCUCGGGGGUCAAAGGUACGUGAUGAGAGAAGGCAGACCUUACUGUCUCCGAUGUUUUGAUGCCUCGUUCGCCGAGUAUUGCGACAGUUGUGGCGAACCAAUUGGUGUCGAUCAAGGGCAAAUGUCGCACGAGGGUCAACACUGGCACGCAACCGAGGCUUGCUUCUGUUGCGCCACUUGUCGCACAUCCCUUCUUGGACGACCAUUUCUUCCACGGAGAGGUGCCAUUUAUUGCAGUAUUGCCUGUAGCAAAGGGGAACUACCAACGACGCCAAGUGAUUCUUCUGCUGGACCACCACCACCACCACCUUCCUUCCUUAGAACUGGCCGGAGACCACCACCUCCAAGCGAAGGUUCCUCGAGUCCACCACCCCCACCACCACCUCCACCACCACCUGGAUCCAGACAUACUCUCUGUUCACCACGUAAUUCACCUCGGAUGAAUAGAAAGCAUCAAACAUCUGCUUCUCUAGCGACAACACCUACGCAAAGCACUUUAAGCCCUGAAUUUCCGGUUGAAACGUUUCCUUCGAGUAGUUCCAGAUCAAAUGGUCUUGAUCGUGUAUUACUCGAGAGGAAUCUCGAAAGACUUCUUCAGGAACGUAGUUCUCAUCCAGAAGAAAAUCGUAAUGAAUUGGGAAGGUUGAUGCAAGCGAGAGAUCGUGAGCCAUUAAGAUGCAUCCAGAAUUGCGCUCCUUCCCAUGCAUCAAGCAUGCCAGAGCUACCACCACCUCCCCGACCAUCAUCUGGAGCAUCAGCAUCGGCAUCAACGUCUACAUCGACCGGUGUUGUCGCAACCGGGGUUGUGCUAGAAUCGGCGACAUCGCCUACGACCCUCAUUGUCGGUCAAACCGACCCUCCGACACCAACAUCGCGGCGCGUGCGGUUUCAGGGUGACUUGGACAUGAACGAUCACGCGGCGAGUUCCUCCCGUGUUCCCCUGUCGCCUGAUAAUGAUAGGAAUUCGUCAUCUUCGCCUUCUCCUCCGCUUACAUCGCUAUCGAGAACAAACGUGUCUCGAUCGAGAAGCUUACAAUCGGAGGAAGUGGCUGACACAUCCUCUUGGGGUAUCGCUGGAAACUCAAAAUCGAGGAUAGACGGCGAAGAAGAAGACAUUGAAUCCUGCUGUUCCACCUGUAGCUCGUCAAGCAGUUCCGACGAAGCUGCAGCUUAUGCCUUACCUCCAAGGAGAGCAUAUGGCGGUGUUAGAAUCUCUUACGUGCCCAAUGAUGCAGUUGCAUGUGCAAGGAAACGUACACCGACAUCCUCGACGUCGAAUCAAACGCAGAGAGAUACAGAUAAAUGCAUCGUAUCCUGAUGAUAUCUUCGAGAGUGUAGAAUAGUUUUUAUAUCAAUGUAUUACCUCGAGGAAAAUUUUUGUUUCGCGAUUAUACGACGUGAGGAAUAGAUUCGUGCAAGUCUCGAAUCGACGAACAACGCGAAACAUGAACGAACACAAAUAAAAAGAAGAGUUCCUAAAAUCGAUGUAACCGAGGUUUGCAAAAUUUUUCACAGUCGAGACUCGACUUUGAGUGCGAACUAAACUCCAGAGAGGAUUUUUAAUAUAUUCCUCGUGUACAUAGUUAAAACGUACUUCCGAUACGAUCACUCGUGAAUACCAAACAAUCGCGAAGAUCGCGCUUCUCCUUCUAUUUUUAUUACCCCGUUGAAUGUAUUUUAUAAUUACGAUGACGAUAAUAUUAUAUUUUAUUACCAUUGCCAUUCCUAAUAAAUAACAUUUUUAACAAGUGCCGUGUUCUUCUACAAGAUUCGAUUGUUCUGUAAUUUUUUCAGACAACGAUCUGUGAUAAGAGCAUUGGUUACAAAGACUCUACUUCACAUGAAACAAUUACAAGUAUUUAACCGUGAUGCAACUGCAUUACGUUAUGCUAUAAGUACAAAUGAAGAGCGUUCGGACCGAGAUGUAGACAAUCUGAAAAGUAUUCGCAAAAUAAAUUGAAACGAAGUCUAUGGAA